CCGGCGGUCUUCCUAACCUGAAAUUUUUGCUAAUUGUGAAUUGUGAACAAUUUGUGAAAUUGUAACAACUUAGCACAUCUCAGUGCACUUCGGUGAUCAACCAGUGAUCGACUAUUACUUACGCGGAUUGUGUGGAGUCAUCUUAAUAAUAAUUUUUCUACAUAAUACACAUCUUUCAAUUAACACACAUUCAAAAUGAAUAGCUCGACAGAUCCAAGGCGACCGGAUAAAGAAGUUCGUUACAAACCUUCGAGUUCAAAUAGUAUGACACAUGUGCAAGACGACAUGACUCCAGAAUAUAUGAACGUCAUAGGAAUGAUUUUUAGCAUGUGCGGUCUAAUGAUGAGAUUGAAAUGGUGUUCUUGGGUGGCACUCUAUUGUUCCUGCAUUAGUUUUGCUAAUACACGAAUAAACGAAGACACCAAGCAAAUCCUCAGUUGCUUCAUGCUGUCGAUAUCGGCAGUAGUGAUGUCUUACUUGCAAAAUCCACAGCCUAUGAUACCACCAUGGGCAAGUGCUAUUCAAUAAAUUUUUGUACUAAUCUGAUGUUUUGUACAGCUUAUCUUAUUAAGAAACCAUUUUUGUCUUAUACAUGAAUGCAAGAAAAUUUCG